AUGUCAUACGCCAUGACACACCAGCCCCCGUCUAUCUCCGAGUCCGAUCGGCAACGGACAUCCUAUCCCCUGCCGAAGGAUUUGCCCGACCGCCCCCGCGCUUUCAAACGCCUCGCGGACGAGCGUCACCCACGCCUCCGACGCGCGCUGCCCGAAGCCGUAUUCAACCAACUCAGUCGAGAACGCGAAGCAGGCGCUCCACACCAGUACACCACCACCGAGCUCCGCGCUGUCGUCAGGCACGUCUCCACGCUCCCGCCUCCUUCCACAGCACUCCCGACCAUCGACUGGGACGCUGUCGAACAAGCCAAGCUCGCGGCCCACGACGACCGCCAACACUUCCAGGCACAACGCAACCAAGCUCGCGUUAGGCAAAAUGCGCACGCUAGCGCCUCUUCCAGCCGCCCCUUAGCGGAUCGCCUCUCCGCCGCCCCUACCUACACUCCCAUCGCCCCGAAACCCGUCACUAUCGACUUCUCCCGUUAUACGGCUGCCGACCUCGUCCGCAUCUUCACGCCCAAGUUCGCAGCCACUCUCAAGCGCUUCAACGUGCUCGAGACGCUCGACUGCCCCGACGUCCUCACCAAAGACAUCAGCGCCGUCUUCAAGCUCCGCGAUCGUCUCGCACACCUCGACCGCACGCUCAAGGACGUCUCGCGCGUCAUUAGUAUCGAAGAGUGGAACCGUUGGGACUCAGGCUUAAAGCAGAUCGGAGGGAUCUCAUUCAAAGGACUGCGGCGUAACCGAGUCCAGAUUUUCAAAGCACUUCGUGCGGUUUGGGUAAACGGCUAUUUCGAUUAG